AUGCGCGCCAGCCGUUCGACGCAUUGCCUCUGCGCUGGGGGUGGGACGAUGGCGGCAGAGGAGAUAUCACACUGGCAGCCGGUGCGGUCAUGGUCGUCCAUCCCGCUCGACCUGGCCGGCAUGGUGCUCCGCCUGCUCCACUCGUACGCCAACCGCGCCCGCUUCGCCGCGGUGUGGUUCGCUCGUGGAGGGACGGUGGUGGCACAGAAGAAACCCAAUUUGCAGCCGCCGGCGCUGUCGUGGUCGUCCAUCCCGCUCGACCUGGCUGGCCUGGUGCUCCGCCUGCUCCCCGCGCACGCCGACCGUGCCCGCUUCGCGUCAGUGUGCCCGCAGUGGCGUGCCGCCGCGAGGCAGCAGCUGCUGCCACCGCCACUGCCGCUGCUUGCGCUCCCUGAUGGCACCUUCUACAGCCUCCCCUAUACCAAGCCCUUCCGUUUCCCUGGCUGCGGCUUCGCCGGGUACCAGAGUGCCUGCGGCAGCUGGCUUGUCUUCCCCCGCGACGACGGGUGCUUCCUGGUUGAUCCCUUCUCUAGGGAAACAGUGACGCUCCCUCCUCUCUCCAGCGUCCGACUCCGGCCUCCAAAUGCAGUCGCUAAAUGGUCGUAUGAGCAUGGGGCAAAAGUAGCUGACCCUUAUGUCACAUGGAUGCAUAUGAAGGACUCAGACAAGCUGCACAUAAGUAAGCUAGUCGUGUGCUCACCAAAUCUUGUUGCUGCCCUUGUCGGCAUUGGAUACACCAGUCAGAUUCUAAUGUGCCAGCCAGGGGCCUUGUCGUGGUCAGUACGUGCGUACGAUCGGUGCAAGAGGUUUGAAGACAUGUCAUUCUACCAGGGCAAGCUCUACGCCCUCACCAAAGGCGAGAACCUUCUUGUGGUGAACAUCAGCGACGACCAUAGCACCGGGGAUCCACAGGUUUCUCGUAUUGGACAAGCCAUCAAGGGUGAUCCAUGGUAUUCAAUUGCGUUCACCAACAACACUAUGCUCUGCAAGAAGCUCUACCUGGUUGAAUCCUGUGGGGCACUGCUGAUGGUACGCAGGACGAUUGUGUGCCGGGUUCCUGAACCUGGGCUGUAUAGUGAAGCUGUUGCUGGAUGGAGUGCGUUUGAGGUUUUCAAGGCUGACUUUGAGCAUUCGCGGUGGGUCAGUGUGUCUACCGUGGGGGCUAACCAGGUGUUGUUUCUAGGGCGAAGGUGCUCCAGGGCUGUGUCCUUGUCUCCGUAUGGGGUCCUGGGUGCAGGUGAUCAGAUCUCGUUCUUGGAUGAUGAUGAGGAAAAUCGUAUGGAGUAUGGGUAUGGCUAUGACAAGGAGAACGCUUCUUUUGGCACCUAUGACAUAAGAUCUGGCGGGUUCAGUUCUGUUCACCCAAAGAUUUCAUGGAAGCGUGGCGAUGAAAUGCGUCUGGCAGCAUGGCUCUUCCCUCAUGACUGA